CCUAAACUUCACAGCUUGUUCCUCCAUCGUCGGUUUGUUGGCCGGCGGCUGAAAAAACUCACAAUCUCGCCCUCCUCUCUCAAAUUUUCUGCGGCAAUCGCUUGUUUAUGUAAAAAUAAGUGAGAGAUGGAGGCUCGUCAUGCAUCUCUCGGUCGAAGAACGCUGGAAGACAUUCGACAGAAGCGUGCAGCAGAGAGAAUUAGCAAGACCUCAUCCGGACCGGAUCUAGCCAAAAUCCCUACCGACGCUACUGGUAUCAAGAAAUCGGAAAGUGCGACUCGACUUACGGAGAAUGAUAUCAGUGGUUUAUUAUCUCAAUUGAAAGACAUGCAACAGAGGAAUACAGAGCUGGAGGAAGCGAACAAGGAAUUCACCUCAUUGCUUCUGAAGAAAGAAGUGGAGAAUGAUAUGAUGCAGAAACGACUAAAUGAUCUGGAGCAGAACACAGUGCCUUUACUGAGAAAAGCUCUCAAGGAUGUUGCAAUGGAAAAGGAUGCUGCAGUUGUUGCACGGGAGGAUCUUUCUACUCAGCUUCGCACCCUGAAAAGGCGCAUAAAAGAAGCUGAAGAAGAACAAUAUAGAGCGGAAGAGGAUGCUGCUUCACUAAGAGCCGAAUUAAAUGUGUUGCAACAGCAAACAAUGCACAAUCCAUCAGGUGGCAACAAUGCAACUGGAUAUUCAAUUGAUCAGAUGCAAGCGAUGGAAAGAGAAUUGUCUAGUUUGAGGUCUAAGCUUGAGCAAGAAGCAGUACUUAGACAACAAGAGCAUCAAGUCUUAGUAGAGGAGCAAGCCCGUGCAUCUGCUCUCAUUGUUCAGAAGCAAGAGUUGGAAGAAAAGCUUGCCUCUGCCUCUAAAAGGAUUUCAGAAAAUGGAACAGAACAGGAGCACCAAAGGACAUUCACACUGGAAGACAAGGGGAGACUUGAGAAGCAACUGCAUGAUAUGGCAGUAGCUGUUGAGAAACUGGAAUCUAGCAGGCAAAAACUUCUAAUGGAGAUUGACUCCCAAUCUUCGGAAAUAGAAAGAUUAUUUGAAGAAAAUUCCAGUCUCUCAUCUGAUUAUCAAGAAUCACUGGAACGAGUAGCAACUUGGGAGAAUCAGGUCAAAGCUCAUAUACAACAAAAUGAGGAACUUCGAAAAACAGUGGACAAGUUGCGGAUGGAGCAAGCCAGUUUACCAGGUCUGAAUGAUAAAGCUUUCCAAUCACUUUCUGGCUCCAGCAGAGGUGAUAAUGUGAUUGAAUCUCAAUACGGGGCUGAAUAUAUUUCCCUGAAGGGACAACUAGCUAAAGAGCAAAGCAGAGCAGAGGCUCUAUCUGCAGACGUAUUGCAGCUCUCGACACGCCUCCAGCAAGCGACAGAAGCGUACAACGGUCUCUUGCGCCUCUACAAACCUGUGUUGCGGAAUAUUGAGAAUGGUCUUGUGAAGAUGAAGCAAGAUGGGUCGGUUACUGUACAGUAACAUCCCACUAGUGUUUGUGUUUUUGUAUGAAUAGAAAACUCCAUUUGUUGAUCGAUAGCAAUUCUUUUGAUAAAUGUGGAUAACAAGAUGAGCAGAAAAUUUCUGUCAUUUAUGAUUGAUAUUUCCCUUUUUUAUUUUACUGUA